AUGCUUCAACACAUGAUCUUACUCCUCUUCCUGUUCCUUCCCUUCUCACUUGCGGAUCCCAAACCAACACCAACGCUCCCUUUCACCGUUGCCGCCUUUCAGUCACCCUUCCCUCCUACAGCAAGUAACUCCGUCACCGGACUACGUAUAUAUGCUUCCGAUGGUUUUUUCUGGGCCGGCAGGACUAGGGCUGCUCCAAAUACGGGCUGUGGGGAAUUGAGAGGGAGUAAAUGCCCAGCUGGGAAUGAGACGGUGCUUUGGGUUGAUCGAGAAGGGAAGGCGUUUCUGGAUUCGGCGGAUCCUCAACAAAUUUAUAUUGAUACACGGACUGGAGCUCUGUCAUAUCUUACUCCCGUAUCCACACCAUCAAACAAAUUUUCUCCUGGCGCCAAUGUCGUGAACUUUCUGCAUCUCGGACAUGGAACAAAUCUUACAAGUGUAAUCCCUGGUGCGGAUCCACACAUAUUUGUAAAUGCUGGUCCUGGAACUUUCAAUUGGCUUGGCUCCGACAACUCCUAUUGGUUCCUCUGUCCACAGAAUGGAAAUUCCACGAAGUAUCAAAUUAUGAAAGAGGUUACAGUCAACGACCCGGCCCAGCCGGGGUGCUUGAGUGGGAUUGCGUUGGUUGCAAUUGAUUACUCUGGGGCCAGCCCUGCUGUGGGGGUGUAUCUGUAAUUUCGUAAGGUCAUGUGAACUGGAGGAUUUGGUUCAGCGAUGCAGACCGAUGCUUGAUUUUCCUUCACCCUGGUGUGAAGAUUCGCGAGUUUGUAUUCUCUACAAGAAAAUGAUUGAUUCAGAGUCUCGCUCUAAACGUCAGGCAAAGGGCCACAAUUUCCCAAUGGCGUCGGCGGC